AUGACACUCCCUGCUGAUCGUGACACGCUCAAGACUUUCAGUCGGGUUCACGGUGUCCAGACCUCCAAGCAGAAGGCCAGUAUCAUGAAAGAUGGGGGCACUCGUUGGAAUGAAGAGAUUGGCCCUGAGUCCAACCACCAUGAUUUCGCCCUGUCGAACCCCGGUCGACAGGCUUCCAGUCACCACCUGGAUCAGGCAUACACUCCCGAUAUGGAGAUGAUUGUUUAG